AAGCAGUUAUAACUUUCAUAGUCACUUUAACGUACUUUUGUGUUCACGAAAGCACCCAUCUCAAAGCUGCUUGAACUUUGGAAAGUUCUAUGAUCACUUCAUGCACAGCACAAAUUCAGCCCAGUUUUUGAUUAUUCUAUUACUGAUUGAUUCGAUAUGAGGUAACUGUUCAGGCCUAAUUGCCUCUCUUGGAAAAAGCCCUUGGGACGCAAUGCUGCAUCUCCUCCCCACAAGCAACAAAGUCUAUGGACAGAAAUUACCACCGGCUCUGAGAUGCACUCAGCAGACUCUACCAGGCCCACAGCUCGUUCUGAGGUCUAAAAAUAUUAAGUUCAGAAUGUCACAAGAAUGUAGAGAACGCUCUGAGGUUUGCCAGUAUGUGGACAAAAGACGCCCCUAGUAAAUGCCUGCUUUCCCUGAGAAAGGUUUGCAAGACCGUAUGGUGAGGCCAGUUCCACAAUGCUCUCAGAGACAUGAGAGAGACGCUAUGGUGAAUUUGUAAAGUUUUGGCUAAAAGAAUAACAUAGAAGGAAGACCGGGGGGAGGGGGAGCUGGGAGUAGGACGCGUCACCAAGGUUUCUCGGCAGGUGCAGGGUCUCUGCUGCUAGAACAGAUCUGACUCCUAAUCAGCCUUCUGUGGCACUGCCCUUCCAUUGGCUUUUCCACUUUAAGGGAACACAGAUGGCGGGGCCCAGGCCUGAAGCUUAGGAAGGAAGAAUGGAUUUGCUCCCCAAAGGUGCUCGAGAAGCUUCCAGUGCAUGAGGUCUGCCCAGACGCCUGAACUCGCCCAGAGAGGAGGCUGCUCCCCAGACACGCCGGCAGGGAGUCUGUUCAGCACACCUGGUAGGGACGGGAGCGGCUCCCCUUAUUAGCCCCAGACAGCCACGCUUUGGGCUGCUUGCCUUUCUAACGAGCACCCCAACGAUCUCUAAGGACUAAAUAUUUGCCACGGCUCUGGCAUCUGACAGAUCACUAAGGUCUCGCGGUGCGUGUGUCAGAAUACAUCCAUCCCCAUCUGUCCCCUACAGUCCUAUUAGAAACGCUGCACCUGCCGGACAAGGGCACGAACAGGAAUACCGCUUAACCGUUCACUGUGGCAAUCUCACGUUCACUAUCACUUCACAUUAGUUAACAGUUCUCAGGGAAUCUGCUUCAGGAUCAUACAGUGCCUGCCUGCCUUCCCCAAGCAUCCUCGACCCUGGAUUCAAGCAGCACCCCAGUCCUCCAUUCAACAAACAAAUGAAACAAGGAAAGAGAAUCAGAGACCUCAUGUGGGGUUGUUACAUACCGUUGGCAGAAUUUUUCUGCUUUCAGUUUAACAAUGACAGUACACACACUAUAGAAUAAUUUGUAUUCAAAAGCAUUUUGCCUUCUGAAGCGAAACAAGUGACAUGUGGGAGAAUAUUGUAGGUUUUUUGCUCCUGGCUGAGCUGACCCAUGUUAUCGCUGUCUUAAUUCAAAGAGGGUGUUUCAUCUGUGUUAAGAGCAGAAAGUCCUCUCAUAGUAAAGACGUAAGGACUAGCCUUUGCAGUCAAAGAACCUGUCUUUCAAAUAAGUAGAAGAUCCAUUUUACUGAGAUAUUUUCCAGAAAAGCAAGGUCAGGCUGUACCCCAGAGCUAGUGUCAGCUGUCAGCUCGUCUUUAUUUGGGAGGUUGCCUCUUUAACAAGCUGAAAAGUUGCCAGGGGCUCUCCCCAGACCCCACGGACAGCUUCCAGCCCCACCUCAAGAAUGAAUGGGGGGGCGGGGAACUACUCCAAGCGCCUCUUGCUCUCUGCAGCAUCACCAAAAACUUGAAGAUAUCCUGUGGCAGACUCCCUCCUGGCAAAAGGACUGGCAACCUGAGAGCGAGCCCCUCACCCUCCCGCACCCGAAAAGCCGUCGUCUGGACCACACGUGCUCAUUCCUGCAACCCCCAGGUUCCCAGACCUCGCUGAGGAUCUGAAGCCUCCCUGGUGUCGCGCUCACCACCCAAGACAUCCCCACAGAAUUCAGCCCUGAGGACUCACGGUGCAUCUCAUGAAAGGGGUUGUGAACUCGAGCCAGCCACACCUGGAGGGUCACCCGCCGACGUCACAGUCGGAACGCGGUCGCAGCGCGCCUGGCCGGCCCUCCCAGGGAGACAGUGCCGGCCGGCCCGGGAGCCAAUCAGCUGCCGCCCAGGCGUUGCCAUGGCUCGUCGCCCGGUUAGGAUCACGCCCACCCCAGCCCGGCAGCCAAUCGGCGGCCGCCAAGCCGUUGCCAUGGCCACGUCGCGAGUUAGGACCGCGCACGCGCACAGGGGAGACUCGCCGGCAGCCCCAGGCCCAGGCCUCGCGAGGGUCCCGGCAGCCGCCCCACUGGACACGGGCCGCGACCCGGUUCCCUGAGCGGCCGGCAUGAACCGCAAGAAGCUGCAGAAGCUAACGGACUCCUUAACUAAAAAUUGCAAGCACUUUAAUAAAUUUGAAGUGAAAUGCCUUAUCAAUCUUUUCUAUAACUUGGUGGGUGAUGUGACAGAGCGGCAGGGUUUGGACGUCGGGCUGGAUCGGAACGCCUUUCGGAACAUCCUGCACGUGACAUUUGGGAUGACGGACGACAUGAUCAUGGACAGAGUAUUCCGAGGGUUUGACAAAGACAAUGAUGGUUGCAUAACUGUAUCAGAGUGGGUGUAUGGAUUAUCCGUGUUUCUUCGAGGAACUCUGGAAGAGAAAAUGAAAUAUUGCUUUGACGUGUUUGACUUGAACGGCGACGGCUUCAUCUCGAAGGAGGAGAUGUUCCACAUGCUGAAGGAUAGCCUCCUGAAGCAGCCGUCCGAGGAGGACCCCGACGAAGGAAUCAAAGACCUGGUGGAAAUAACCCUGAAGAAAAUGGACCACGACCACGACGGGAAGCUGUCCUUCGCAGACUAUGAACAGGCUGUGAGGGAGGAGACUCUUCUGCUGGAAGCAUUUGGACCGUGUCUUCCUGACCCAAAGAACCAGAAAGAAUUUGAAGCCCAAGUAUUCAAAGAUCCAAACGAGUUCAACGAGGUGUGAAUUCCUAAAUGUCUUGUUGUCUCAAGUGAGUAGAAAAGGAGCCUCAUCCGUGUUGUGUAUUUUUCCUGCUUAGCUCGGAACGUGGUUGUGAAUUGCGUGUUUGGUGAGAGGGGUCAGGGCUGACUAACGUGUAUCAUUCAACUUUGGCGUAAGAUGCCACUAAGAUAGACGAAGACAAGGGGUUCCUUAUUAGCUGUGGUUGGGUUUGGCCAGACGAGUGAACACUGCGGAGACAAGGUAUCACCUAGACUGUCUGUUGACACAUAACUGUCAUAAAAUGUUUGUAUGAAUGAAAUGAAUAGAGAGACUAUAUCCAUGAGUUAUUUUCCUCACGUCAGAAAGAUGCUGGGCACGCGUUUAAAAAUCACUGAAACUCUGUGUCUUCCUCCCACCCUCCCUGUCCCACGGAGACAUAUGUAUACGUACAGCUGAUUCACUCUGUUAUAAAGCAGAAGCGAACACACCAUUGUAAGCAAUUAUACUCCAAUAAAGAUGUUAAAACAAAAUCA